GCCAAAAAAAAAAGACCCACAAAAGCCAUCGCUCUCUCUCUCUGCUGUCUCUCAGAAGAAAGUGUGAACAAUUUUCUGGAACCCAAAAACGAACUCGGCACCGGGACGCGGAACGAGUCAAUCACGAGUUUGCGGCACUAGUCAUCACUUCUAUCUCCAUCGUCUGAUCAUCAAUAUCUAUCUGAUCGUGAGUUAAAUAAAAAAAAAGAAGAAAGAAUUGAAAUAUUAAUCAUCAAAUUUAUCAAAUUGAUGGAUUAAAAGGGGGUUAUUUAUUUCAAUUUUCUUUUUUAAUUUGAUAGGAUCCAAGUCGGUUUUGGGAGAUUUUCUUUGUGGGUUUUGGUGGGUGUUUUUCUAAAAUAUCUUAUUGUUUUUUAAAAACUUUUGGUGAUGUUGGAUUUUCGGGAAAUUUAGGAAUUGGAGGAGUGAGGGAUAAGAUUAGGGCUAACGUUAGGGUUUUGGGGGUGGAUUUGGAGAUGGAUGAAAAUUCUGAGCCUGAAGAAGGAGAAGCUUUCUAUAACAAUGAUAAUGACGACAAUAUUAACCCCGAUACAGCCUUUUCUUACAUUGUAAGGGUUUAGUUUUUGUUAUUUCUUUAAUAAAAAUUUAAUCGUUUUUACGCCCGUAUUCUCUUUCUGAAACUUAGGAUUAUGCUUCAGUUGUUGCCAUUCAAGUUUUUGAAUAAUUCUCAGUUUGAUUAAGCAUUCAUGGCAUUUUGAAGGCAAUGCGAUUCUAUUAAGCUUCGUUGCAAGCAAUGAUUAAUUUCAAAUUAUGCUUAAUUGUGGGUUUGAUUAAGCAUAAAAGGUAAUUGCUAAUUAGAAUGAGCUGUUGCUCUUCACAUGAAUUAGAAUUCUCUAGGGCUUUGAGUUUGAGUUUAUUCAUGGGAUAUGACCAUCGGUUCACUGAUACAAUUUGUUGAGAAAUGGAGUGAGGAUGUCGACUUUUGAGGAUGAGAAGAUUAAAACUGUUUUGGGCCAUUUCCAAAAAGAUUUUGAAGGCGGGGUUUCUGCAGAAAACUUAGGGGGAAAAUUUGGUGGGUAUGGCUCAUUUUUACCUACUUAUGAACGGUCUCCUCCAAGAUUAUCAUGUCCAAAGACACCACAGAGAAACUUCAGCACAUCAAGGUCUCCCAACAAUUUCUCUAUGGAGGGUGCAUCUCUGAAUUUGAAAGCUCCUCCAAAUGCACCCUUAACUGGGAGACCUGGGAACGCUUCCUGCCCAAGCAGCAAUAUAGCAGCUAAACAAGAUUCACAUUUGUCUUCUGCUCAAGUCGCUGUAAAGUCUGCCUUGAAGGAUGAGAGUUUGAGCAGAGCAGGGAUUCCCAGCAACCAGAAGACAUUGAAGGUUCGAAUUAAGAUGGGCUCUGAUAACAAAGCUCAAAAAAUUGCUGCAAUCUAUAGUGGUCUUGGGCUUGAUUAUUCUCCAUCCUCGUCAUUGGGGAACAGUCCUGAGAAAAGUGGAGGAACAGUGACAGUAUCUCAAGAAAUUGCUAGGGAAUCACCCACUAGAAUUCUUCAGGUUAUGACUUCCAACCAUGUCCCUGGUGGUGUACUCAUAUCUCCUCUUCAUGACAGUCUGCUAUGCUUAUUAAGAAAGGAAAAGGAAAGGCCUUCUAGGGAUAGUAAAUCUAUCCCGUCACUCAAGGCUUGUCAAGAACAUUCUUCUUGGUUAAUAGAUGAGUUCAUUUUGGGUAAUGGAAAACAAUCAAAUGAGAAUAAACCAAAAUAUUUAAUGGGGAAAAGCAAAAAGCUGGUGGAACUAAAGCACGGAAAUCGAGUGAAUGUUGAGCAUGACAAGACAUUGCUCAUAAAAAAAAAGUCUGAAAAUGAGAUUGCAGGAGAGAAGGAGUUGUUGCCUAAUGACUUGAAAAAGACAGCUCUAUCUAAUUCAGUGAAUGUUGCUGACUCUAUAGAAGCCACUGCAAGGGCAUGUGAUGUUUCUGUGGAAGCUAAUCAGAAUGCAUCAAGAGGUAGGUUAUUUUCCUCUGACACUGCAAAGUAUGAUUCUUUGGAGUCAAUAUCCGGAAGGAAUAGAACUAGUGGCAAGAAAAAGAAGGGGGUUAAGCAGAGUAGUUCAGUUGAAAAGGGUUGGGAACAGAGUGUCGUAAAUUCCCCUAAGAAUGCUUUGCUUGACCAUGGGGACAAUCUUGGGAGCAAAUGUUACCAAAAUUCUGCCCCUUUAAAAUGUAAGGAAGAUUCAAAAAUGAAGAUUGGGCAGAUAGCUACAUUUCGUGUACAGAAUAAAACAAAUAUUCCCUCAAAGAAGGAAAAGACAUUGUUUGAGGGCAAGAAGAAGUUCAAAGGUAGCAAAAAUACUGGACUAAUUGCUGAUUCGAUGAAGGAAAGUCUGAGACUCAAUGUGGGUGCAACACCUAAAGAUACUACAAGUUCUAGUCAGGGUUUUUCUUCUGGCAAAAAUAAGAUUCAUAAGUUGCAGAAGGAUAUUAACAAGGUCCGAGAUAAUCAUAGAGAUGUAUUGGAAACAAAUUUCGAACAGAAAAGUGACCAAAUGGAGCCGUCAAUGAGGCAUUUUCAGAAUAGGAAAAAAGAUUCUGGUCCAAUGGAUUUUGAGAUGGAACAGAGUGGCUAUUUGGAUAAAUUGAAGGAAACAUUUAGUGGUAGAACAGUUGAUAACCGGCUGUUGGGAACGGAUGCUCUAGGUGUGGUUCCUCACGUCAAUGAUAAGAUACUUGCCUCUCAGACAGCAGCACCAGCACCAGCACCAGCACCAGCAGCGACUGCUUCUGUAGUCAUACAAGAAAAUUGGGUUCAGUGUGAUCGUUGUCACAAGUGGCGACUUUUGCCUUUUGAUACCAGACCGGAACAACUCCCUGAGAAGUGGUUGUGUAGCAUGCUUAACUGGCUGCCUAGAAUGAACCGGUGUGACAUUAGUGAGGAGGAGACAACAAAAGCUCUCAAUGCAUUAUACCAGGUUCCAGUUGCUGAAAAUCAAAAUAACCCACAAAAUCAUGCAAAUGGAACUACAUCAAUAGUUACUUCUGCUCAUCUUCAGCAUCUUGAUCAGAACAACUCUAGUUUCAGUUCUCAGGCCUCACAUAUUAGGGGGAAGAAGAAACAUGGCCUGAAGGAAGUGCAGAAGGCAGGUAGCAGUGGCCUGAGUCAGAUGUCAAACACUAAAAUAAAAUUACAGCAGGAAUCUUUGAAAAAUAGGAGCUUAAGUGACAUGACCCAGUUCCAUGUUGAAUCAAAUCUCAAGAAUAAAUCCACCUUUGAACAGAAAGAAAAGCAUCCAAUUGGAGGUGCGACCAAGCAAGCAAAAAUGAAAAACAAGACGGAGUCUGGUCUAUAUGCAUAUGAAGAUUCAAAGAAAACCAAAGCAGAAGUUAUAUACGCUACUGAUAAACAUCACAGUUCUAACUUGGACCCCAGAAGGGUGGGCCUUAGUUCAAGCACUGGCUUGCUAACUCAAGCAAAUGGAAGAAGUGUGCAGAAUUAUAAUGAGUGUUCUAAUUCUGGGGAUGUAAAGCAUGAUAUGAAAGAAGGAUCAGUGGUUUGUGUGAAGAAACUUGUGGAUCAAACUGAGGCCUCAUCAGAUGGUGGGUUAUUAGACAUGAGAAUAUGUGAUAAAAGGGCUUCUGUGAAGAAAAGGAAAUUGGAGGAUUGGCAGGAUAGUCAAAAUGGGCAUGAUAUAUUUAUGAAGGAAGAAAGUAGUGAGAGUGGAUUUAGGAAUGAAAAGAAGUCACGAGUUUCAGAGAUUGAGGGAAAGCAGUCCCAUAGAAAUGAUGGUGAUGGUACAUCAAACAGGAAAAGUAUGGAUGAUUUGAUUGGUGGCAUUGAAGAAGUCAGAAGUAUUGAUAGGAACCAGCAACCAAGUAAACUCAAGAAAAAGUCCUCGCCUCAAAAAACUUUGGAUGGCCUUGGUUCAUCAAGAAGGGAUUCUGGAACUGGACAAAUUUUGAUGGCAGCAACUUCUAGCUCUUCAAUGGUUUCUGGUUCUCGUAAAACCAGAGCAAACUUUGAAGAAGCAAGGGGUUCGCCAGUUGAAUCAGUUUCUUCAUCUCCCAUGAGGACCUCAUAUCCAGAAAAGCUUGCAUUGACCACCGGGGAUGGUCCUUGGAAGGAUGAUGCUGCAAAUAGUGGCAUUCCUCUAAGUGGCAGUUUUAGAAGAUGUUGGGAUAGGGAAGGUACUUUUGAGCUUGCUCAAUCUGGUACAGAAAUGAAAGAGAAAGUAUCAGGUGAUUUUAACCCCAGAUCCCGUAAAUCCUCUACCCUGGAUUAUCAGAAUAGAGAUUCUAUUUGCAAAAUCAGCAUUAAAACUAAACCUUCUUCUAGAUUGGGAAAUAGCCAUUUGCUCAAAGGUGAUACUCAUUUUGCCGAAUAUGGGAAGCAUGCCAUAGAAUGUUCCCAUGGUGAUGAUAGAGUGAACAGGGAGUGCCAUGGCAAUGCAUUUAUUUCUCAAAAAUCUGAUAAGGGUUCUACUUUACAGACAAAAGGCAGUAAAAGUUCUGCUGCAGAUAGGAUGAAGGUUUAUGAUCCAACAGAUGAACAGGAAGAUUUGUGUUCAAGAAAGAACAUAAGGUAUCGAUCAGAUGUUGGGCCCAAGGGUCAUGCAUGUCUUCAAGAAACAAUUGCUGAUUGUAAACGCAAUUUGCCAAAAUCUAGGAAGGAUGAGAAAAACUAUGCUGGAAGGAGUGAUCUUUCAGGACAAUGGUCAAGUGAUAGUAGAAUGGAGACCCUGUCAAAUAUAAAGUAUGAUGAAUUUGAUGCAAAAUCCAAUGCUCCAGGCAGCACAAAGGCGAACAAUACCCCUGAGCAAAACCUGAUCCAGGCUUUUAGUGGUCAAACUAUAGAGAUAAGAAGUGGAAAGCCCAAAUCGUCCUUGCAUUGUGAAGUUGAAAGUUGGCAAGAAACAACAGGUCAUCAAACAGUACCAGAAGCCCAACAGGGAGUUGUCUCUGAUGGAUUUCUAGUUGAUGUCUCUGGCAAUGUUGAUGUGUCUAAGGCUAUAAAACAGCCUGGAAAAGCCGGCAGCAAGAAUGGAUCUGCCCACAAUUUGGGACAGUGCAUGCCUGAUUUGCGUGUGGUCAGAGAUUUCAAUGCUCACAGUCCUGUGGGAGUAAAUUCCUCCAGCCAGACAGCAACUAAUGCCCUGAAUGAUGCUAAAGAGCUUAGAAAUUAUGCUGAUCAUCUUAAGAGUUCUGGUUUUGUUUUUGAAAGCAAUGAGAUUUAUUUCCAAGCUGCCCUUAAGUUUCUUGGCGCUGCUGCCCUUCUAGAGACCAGCAAUAGUGAGAGCAGUAGACAUGGGGACAUGAACCAAAUGCAAGUGUAUAGUGCUGCCACUAAACUUUGCGAAAUGUGUGCCCAUGAAUAUGAAAGACGCCGAGAAAUGGCUGCUGCCUCUUUGGCCUAUAAAUGCAUGGAGGUAGCAUACAUGAGGGUUGUUUACUGCAAACAUUCUACUAGCAGCCGAAACUGGAAUGAGUUGCAAGCAACUCUACAGAUGGUUCCUCAAGGUGAAUCUCCAUCAUCUUCUGCAUCAGAUGUUGAUAAUAACUUAAAUAAUCAACCAACAGUGGAUAAGGCUCCAUUAGCCAAGGGUAAUCUUUCACAUGUUGCUGGAACCCAUGUCAUUGUUGCUAGAAACCGCCCAAAUUUUGUUCGGCUGCUUGCCUUUACACAGGAUGUAAGUUUUGCAAUGGAGGCUUCAAGAAAAUCCCAAACUGCUUUUGUAGAUGCUAAUUCAUCCCUGGAAGAAGCACAAAAUACAGAGUGUAUUACUUCUGUUAAAAAGGUGAUUGAUUUCAGUUUCCAGGAUGUGAACGGGUUUAUAUGUUUGGUUCAGCAGGCUAUGGAGGUCAUAAGUCGUUCUGGUUUAGGCGUUGCUAGAGAUUAAGUUACCCGUCUAUAUUGUGUAUUUU